GAUGUUUAUUAUCAUCAACAACAUGACACAAUGUCACUGUACGUGAAUUAAAAUCAAGUAAAGUGUUGUGUUUCGUAUCCUAAUAUUUAUAUUCAAUUUGCAUGCGAAACUGUUUUUCUGUGUAACUUUGUGAUAUGGAAGAACUAGCAAUUGUGUACGUCAAUGAAGACGAAACAAAGGGACUAAUUGAAACCUGCGAUUCAUCCAAAUGUGGAGAAGUCUUUCGUAGCAUAUCUGGCAAAUACACUUUGUAUUGUUCGCAUUGCAGCCACAGUUUUCUGUGUUUGACCGAAUUUACUCAGCAUAUCGAGGAGCACUUCCAGUUAAUCAGUAUAGCCACAUCUAUUGAACUCAAUAGUGUAUCGGUUUUGGAUGAUUUCAAAGACGGAAUGUCCAAUUCGGUUGAUGUAAAAGAAGAGCCUUCGUUUAGAAUUAGUAAAGUGAAAGUAGAAACCGACAGUGGUGAUCAGAUAAAGAGAAGAAGUAAUAGAAAAAGGUCCAGUCAUCUAGUAGAUGAUAGUGACAUUGUAUCCAAAUCGAAAAAACCUAAAGUCAACAAAAUCACCAAAGUACCGAAAGAACCAGCGACAAUCAAUAAUAUGUGGAUUUGUGAUAUCUGCGGGAAGAUACUGUCAACAAAAAACCACAUUUACCAACACAUGAAACUGCAUCGUAAUGCACCGAAAGAACACAAAUGCUAUCUGUGUGGAUGGGAAUUUUACGAAAAGGGCAAUCUCACGAGACAUCUACGGACGCACAAUAACGAUCCAAAGGCGUUCAAGUGUGAAUUAUGCAACAAAGGAUUUGCCCAAGAACGUUACCUUAGCGACCACAAGAAAAUCCACUUUCCCGACGCAUCUUUCCUCUGCGCCACUUGUGGUAAAUCGUUUACAUCGUCCAGUUUACUGAUGCGUCAUACAAUUGUCCAUACUGGCGAAAAGAAGUACUCCUGCGACGUAUGCAGUCGUGCAUUUUCGCGGUCAGAUAAGUUGAAGGAGCACAAAAAUGUACAUACCGGUCUUAAGCCCUUUCAUUGCUCGUGGGACGGUUGUAACAAAAGUUUUUCAGCGAAAAAGUCGUUACGAUUUCAUGAGUAUGCUCAUUCGGGAACGAAGAAAUUCAAGUGUAACUAUUGCGAUCUGCUGUUCAUCAAUCCAGUGGCUAGACGAUCACACGAAAAAUCCAGUCAUUUGGUGUGUUAAUCGUUCAGGUUUCUGUGAAAUCCGUUUUUGUAAUGUAAAUGAAAAUUUUGCGAUGAAAAAUUACUUUUUGAUCAGUCAA